AUGAGCGAGGACUUGGAGGAUCAGAGGCCACUGAAAAGACCGCGUUUUUUUCCGAACCCAGAACGCAUAGCCCAAAAUGGCGCGAUUUAUACAUUGGCGGCGCACGAGCGAGAGAACCAUACCGAGCAGCAUGGUCAGGACAAAAGCCUGGGCAUCCAGCCUUUGAACGAUGUCCCUUCCAACGAUGUCAAGCCUGAUAUAAAUGCCCCCAAAGCCUCUAUUCCUCCGUUGAAUACAGGCACAACGAACUCUACCAUACCGAAUCCAAACACCGCCCCUCCGCUACAGAAUGAAGGCACAGUCGUUGAUUCAAUUUCGACUGGUUUUAACAUUGAUCUUUUUACCAGUAUCAUAGGGGAACAGCUUCCUCCCGCCUCAAUAAAAAGCAUCCGAACGGCCGCCUCCAAUAACCUCGAACGGGCAGUGAACAUAUACUUCGAUGGUUCAUGGAAGAAGCCCGUGAAGCCGAGUCCGAGGACCAGCUCUAUCCCCAUACGCGAUAGCCCUUCGACCGACUACAACUCCGUCUCACAAACACUACCACCCUCAAGAUUCAUCGGAGCUUUCGGUGUAGGUGGCUGGGCAACUCGCAGCGGGCCUGCCUUGCUGAAGCAUGGCGAUCUUGUUAAAAUCGAGCGUGCGAGGUCGCAGCCAACUACCAAACGUGCUCGUGGAGGUAAAACAAUGAUUAACCACAAAGGUGACGUUUUGACACGAUUCACAAACGUCUUGGGGCAAGAGGUUGGGCGACUGCCGCAUGAGACUGCGGAGUGGGUUUCUACUCUGAUUGACCAGAACAUCUGUCACUUUGAAGGAGUUUGCGUCUUCAGUGACGAUACACUACGAGUCAACGAUACAAUCUACCUGCAGCUGCGAUGCUUCCUUCGUAGAGAAUCAUUCCAGCGCAGCGUGUUUAUGGGAACAUCGGCCAGCGAUAAUAGAUCUUUGGGCAUCUUCGAAGAGAAAGAGAACACGGAAGAAAAGAACCUACGACUUCGACAGGUAUCCCUCGUGAAACUUUUUGAUGCAAUCGAUCUCAAACCCACAUCGACGAAUCCUACCACUGAGAAGCAUAAGAAGAGCGGAAUUCUUCGGGCGGCUGAGAAGGCGGAGCAAUAUGACGGGGUCAAAAAGGAAAAGCCCAAAGGCUCUAAAGGCGCCGAUGACUCCUCUGAGGAGGAAGACACCGCAGAACUUGCUCAAGAUCAACUGGAUGCGCUGUACCGGAAAGCCCAAUCAUUUGACUUUAAUAUGCCAGAGGCUGAACCGGCACCAACAUUCCGAAUGCACCUUCGCAAAUAUCAAAAACAGGCUCUUCACUGGAUGCUCUCGAAAGAGAAAGAUAAUAAGGAAGCUCGUGAGAAUUCGAUGCAUCCGUUGUGGGAGCAGUACACAUGGCCAGUCAAAGGCAGUGAUGACGAAGAGCUUCCAGUUUUUGAAGGAAUUGACCACUUCUAUGUGAAUCCGUAUUCAGGAGAUCUCAGUGUAGAUUUCCCAACCCAGGAACAGCACUGCCUAGGUGGAAUUCUGGCAGAUGAAAUGGGACUUGGAAAAACCAUUGAAAUGAUGAGUCUAAUUCAUUCGCACAGAACUGAACCGAACCCCCAAUUUUCAAAUGGUGUUGGUUCUGUGAACAACCUUGCCCGAGUACCAGAAUCUAGAGGUGUAACUUCUGCACCCUACACAACAUUGGUUGUCGCCCCCACGUCGCUGAUUUCUCAGUGGGAGAGUGAAGCAUUGAAGGCCUCGCAGGAAGGAAGUAUGCGUGUCCUCAUGUACUACGGUGGCGAUAAAGUCAGCAACCUUCGAGAUCUUUGCUGCGAAUCAAAUUAUCUCAAUGCACCCAAUGUCAUCAUCACCAGCUUUGGUACUGUCUUAUCGGAAUUCACCUCUCUGGCAUCGCAGUCUGCGACCUCAACCAGUGCUCAAGGCGGUUUGUUUUCUGUUGAAUUCUUCCGCAUCAUCCUCGACGAGGCCCAUACGAUCAAGAACCGGCGCUCGAAAACCACCAAGGCCUGCUGCGAGCUCAAGACCACUCAUCGCUGGGCCCUCACCGGCACACCGAUUGUCAACCGAUUGGAAGACCUGUUCAGCCUAGUCCGCUUCUUGAAAGUGGAACCGUGGAGCAACUUCUCGUUCUGGAAAACAUUUAUUACGGUGCCAUUUGAAUCUAAAGAAUAUAUUCGUGCUCUCAAUGUUGUACAGAGUGUUUUGGAGCCUCUUGUUCUUCGGCGGACCAAGAAUAUGAAGACGCCAGAAGGAGAGCCCUUGGUUCCUCUUCCCCCUAGAAAUGUCACCAUUGAAGAAAUUGAACUCCCUCAGAAGGAGCGAGAAAUCUAUGACUGCAUCUACAACCGAGCCAAACAAACAUUCAGAGAAAAUGUGGAGGCUGGCACUCUUCUAAAGUCCUACUCUACUAUUUUCGCUCAGAUUCUUCGUCUUCGGCAAACCUGCUGCCAUCCCAUAUUGACUCGCAACAAAGACCUGGUGGCCGACGAGGAAGUAGCUGCCGCAGCAGCUGAUGCAACAAAUGAGAUGAAAGACGACAUGGAUCUUCAGCAAUUGAUCCAGCAGUUCAGCGCUUCAACUAGUGGAAAUGCGGAAUCAGAGGAUCGAUCUGUCACGUUCACUGCACAUGCUCUUCGCCAAAUUCAAACAGAGUCCAGCGGAGAGUGUCCAAUUUGCUGUGAAGAACCUAUGUUGGAUCCAGCAGUGACCGCAUGCUGGCAUAGUGCAUUCCAGUUCGACGCCGAUGGACGGGGUUGCUUCCAGCGACACGCCUCCAACUGGCUCGCAGGCUCCCCCCGGAUUUCCCUUCGCCGUAUCAAUCCUCUUUCUCCAUCUGCACAUACCUCUGCCAAGAUUCACGCGUUAAUCACCCACUUAUCGCGUGUUCCACCAGGCCAUAAAUCAGUCGUCUUCUCUCAGUUCACUUCAUUUCUCGACCUAAUCGGCCCCCAGCUCACGGCUGUUGGCAUCUCACACCUGCGACUUGAUGGCUCUAUGCCCCAAAAGCAACGCAAGGUUGUCCUGGAAGAAUUCACUAAAGAGGCAACUUACGAAGAUGAAAUCGUUGACUCCGAUAUUGAAAAUAAUGGUCAACCUCCAUCCUCUAAACAGACACCUACCGUCCUGCUUAUUUCUCUUCGUGCCGGCGGUGUAGGUCUCAACCUAACGGUGGCAAGCAACGUCUUCCUCAUGGAUCCCUGGUGGAGUUUUGCCGUAGAGGCCCAGGCGAUCGAUCGUGUUCACCGUAUGGGCCAGACGCGCGACGUGUCUGUGACGCGGUUUGUUAUCAAGGACUCAAUUGAGGGACGGAUGCUUCGAGUACAAGAGCGCAAAAUGAACAUUGCCGGCUCACUUGGGCUACGUGUCGGUGGUGACGAAGGUGACGAUAGCAAGAAGGAACGGAUUACUGAGUUGAGUAUGUUGUUUGAAUAG